CUGCCAGAGCUCAGCAGGGGGCAAUCUUGCUACAGCCUGUCUGGCCAGGGAUCCUUGCAUGGGAUGAGUUGCUGAUUCCUAGCACCCUCUGAAUGUGCCAUGGUGGGGAGCUCCCAGGUGAGGCCGAGCCAGCAAGGGGAGGCUGGAUGAGCUGGACCAGCCUUUCACGCUGUCAGAAGGGGGAUGAGAAAGAUUUGACCAUGAUGGACUGUGCACUGGGAAGCGACCCACCUGGCAAGCUGGGCAGUAUUAGUGGGAAGGUGUCCCUGGUGCUGCAGAGCCACCCCCAUUUGUCCCGCCCACUCGUCCUGUGCACGCCUCGUGUGCAAUUGGGAAUGAGGGCAGAAAAACUGUUGCUGCAAACCUAGCUUUGCUCCCCACCUCCUGCUUGUGACAGGUUUUGCCCUGCUUCCCUGCUGCCCUCAGCCUUGGGACUGCCCUAAUGGCAACAGGCAAUGCCACUGUCUGCAUGGGGCUGCCAGGCUGCCACCCCUGACACGUGCUCUCUGACACCAGCGGAUAUUGCCCGGAACAUGGGUGCCAAGACGGUGGUCGCCAUUGAUGUGGGCAGCCAAGACGAGACUGACCUCUGCAACUAUGGUGACAGCCUUUCUGGCUGGUGGCUACUUUGGAAACGCCUCAAUCCCUGGGCCCAGAAGGUCAAGGUGCCUGACAUGGCAGAGAUCCAGUCACGCUUGGCCUAUGUGUCAUGUGUGCGCCAGCUGGAGGUGGUAAAGUCGAGCUCCUACUGUGAGUACAUUCGUCCGCCCAUUGACCGCUUCAAAACCAUGGACUUCGGCAAGUUCGAUGAGAUCUAUGAUGUGGGCUACCAGCAUGGCAAAGUGGUGUUCAGUGGCUGGAGCCGCGGCGACAUCAUUGAGAAGAUGGUGAAGGACCGGCGCUCAGCUGACUUCUACGAGAGCAAGCGCAUGGAUGUACUGACUUGCCCCAGUGCGGGGUUCACUGAUCUGGCUGAGAUUGUGUCUCGCAUCGAGCCAACCAAGAACUACCUGUCUGAUGGCUACGCUGACGGUGAGGAGUCUGACUACCUGACGGAGUAUGAGGAGGAAGGGCUGGAUCCCGCACGGGGAGAAGAGGAGCUGCUAGUGCCAGCUGAGUGGACCCACACUGAGGAUGAGAAGAGUCUGCGGCAUCGCAACUGCCUCUCCCAGGAGCUCUCCCCACCCAAGGAGUGAGCCCAGCCACCUUCUCCUGGCCUGGAAGAGAAUGAUCCUGCAGGCCCAGGGCCCAUCCUGCGCUACUCAGUUAAUGGCUAACGGCUCUGCUGGGACCAGAUCUUCCAGUAUGCAGUGGGACCCGGCUCAGGCUUGCCUCAGCGUGGAGUGGGGGCCACUGGGCACAGCCAGUGCUGGAGCCCAGCCAAGCCAACCCUGCUGCAGUUCUGGGGACCACAGUUACUUGCAACAGGCUGUGCUGCUCACCCCAGGGCUCUGUGUUACCUCACUGACUGCAGGGCCCAGUGCAGCAGCCUCUGCUGGUAGGAGGU